GCAUGAUCGAUCCAACGCAGUGACGGUGCGCGUAGUUUGCACCGUAGAGACCGAGGUAAACUGCGCUCUCUCCCACUCCUGUCUGCACGUCUUUUGCUGAUAUUCCAGAUUCUAUUUCUACACAGCUUGAAUUGUCUCUGAUAUCUCAAGUGCCAAGUGAACAGACUGAUUGGGCAAGAUGUCAAGAACUGGAGUAACAUACAGAGACGUCAAGCGGAAUCACAAUUCCUCCCGCCUGUAUGAGGACCCAGAGUUCCCAGCAGUUGACUCGUCAAUCAACUACAGCGGAAGAAACUCAGGGCGAUUUGCAUGGAAGAGGCCUAAGGAACUUUGCCAAGACCCGAAGUUGUUUGUGGGAGGGGCCAGUCGCUUUGACGUUCAGGGACAGCUCGGUAACUCCUGGUUCGUUGCUGGCCUGGCUGCACUCGGUCAAGUGGCAAGUCUUGUAAAUAGAGUCUGUCCCGAUGACCAGGACUUUGACCGUAACUACUGCGGGGCAUUCUACUUCAAAUUCUGGCAAUACGGCAAGUGGGUGGAGGUGGUAGUGGAUGAUCGCCUGCCCACUUUGGAUGGCAAAUUGGUCUUUGCCCAUUCUUCGGAGAAGAACGAGUUCUGGAGUGCGUUGCUGGAGAAGGCUUAUGCUAAACUGCACGGAAGCUAUGAGGCGCUGAAGGGCGGGGACACCAUCGAGGCCAUGGAAGACUUCACUGGUGGAGUCUGUGAGCUGCACAAGCUGAAGGACCCUCCUGAGAACCUGUCCGUGCUGAUGCUUCAAGGCAACCAACGUGCUUCCCUGAUGGCCUGCUCCAUUGACGCCAACAGAGCCACUGAGAAGGAGGCUAAGCUGCCCAACGGAUUGAUCAUGGGACACGCUUACAUCAUCACUGCUGUAAAAAAAGUGACUCUUCGUCUGCACGGAUCCUCGCAGAGGGUUGUUUUGGUCCGCAUUCUCGAUCCCGUUGACAAGAGUGAGUGGAGUGGGCGUUGGAGUGACCGUUCCCGUGAAUGGUCGUCCGUGUCCGAGAGUGAGAGGAGAGACAUGGGCCUGACGUUUGAUGCCGACGGCGAGUUCUGGAUGGAGUACAGUGACUUCAUUCGUGAGUAUAGUCGUCUGGAAAUGUGCCAUUUGGGUCCUGGUAUCACCUCCAGCCGGAAGGAAUGGGUGACCAAUGAGAUUGAAGGUUCAUGGAGGAGAAAAAUCACUGCUGGUGGCUCCCUCAACUUCAUAAAUACCUUUCACCUCAACCCUCAGAUUGAGGUGCGACUCACUGAAGAAGACGACGAGGAUGAAGAUGAUCCAGCCGCCAAGGGCUGCACUCUCGUGAUUGGACUGAUGCAGAAAAACAGGCGCAAGCAGAAGGAGAUGGGGAUUGAAAACCUGACUAUUGGAUUUUCCAUCUAUGAGUACAAAGAUGACAGGACGACCUUGCUGGACAAGUCUUUCUUCCAGAACAACUCGCUCAAAGUCCGCUCAGACAGCUUCCUCAACACUCGUGAGAUGACGGGACGUUUCAAACUGCCACGAGGCCGGUACUGUAUCAUCCCUUCUACCUUUGAGCCCAACAAGGAAGGCGAAUUCCUGAUUCGUAUCUUCACUAUAAAAACCUCCUCCUCUACAACCGCAGAUGAGCAGACAGAGUUGGUCACCACAGAGCUAGAGAAACCGCGCUCCGAUGAUGCUGUGACAGCUCGCCUACACGAGACUUUCGAGAAGAUCGCAGGAGCCGACGGGGAAUUAGAUGUGUAUGAGUUACGAGACGUGCUGAUAGCGGCUUACAAGAAUGAGUUUGAAGGCUCUGAAUUUUCUACGGAUACAUGCAGAGCCAUUUUAGCUGCCGUAGAUGUUGAUGUUUCUGGCAAGCUCGGCUUUGAUGAGUUCAAGGAAGUGUGGAGUAACCUCAGGCAGUGGAAGGGCGUUUUUAAAAAGUACGAUCAAGAUAACUCAGGAAACUUCAACAGCUAUGAACUGCGUAGAGCCCUGAGUAAAAUUGGGUUCCGUGUCAGCAACCAGUUGUUUCGUACCUUGGUGCUGCGCUAUAGCAACAUAGAGGGGGUCAUCACCUUUGACGAUUUCCUUGCUUGCGUCGUCAAGCUCAAGCACUUGAUGGAAUGUAACUUCCAACUGGCGAUGAGACGCGGUGAUGCUUACAGCCUGGAUGAGUUCCUAACAGUGGGGAUGUACUCUUAGAGAACGCCAGCUGUUUGACGCCGACUGCAUGAAAAACUGCCUGCGAAAUAAAUUCGUUGGGAAAGGAUGUUCCAGUUUUGAUGAGAUAAUGAUAAGUUUUUUAAGGAUGAAAUAGGCCUAUAGUAAACCGAUAAGAUAUGAUCAGCAUGCAUCCCUAAAUGUAUCCAUC